AGCUUAGUGCGAUUGAGCGUUGGCAUGGAUCACGUUCAUCUACAUUUUUAUUUCCAAGUCUCCAAUGGGGAAAGUCCUCUAAGCUCUAAUCUCUAAUCUCUAAUCUCUAAGUUCCGUUGUUGAAGACAACAACUCAAGGCUCUGUGAUAACCCAAUCUCUACAGCUAUGGACUCAGAGGCAGGGCAACUUCGGGCACCCACCUUGACUCAACUGAGUCACUUGGUGGCAGAUGAUGUUAGGAGCAAUCCAAAGUUUCAGGGAACGGCAGAAAAAAUUAUACAAAAUUGUGGUGACAAUCCUACUCUAAAUAGGAUCAUUGCUGAAGCCUUGAAUCAUAUCGCAAAGCACAAUGGAGAUAAUUGGAGAGUAGAAAGAGCUUUGGAAGAAAUGGAUAGCCGUUGUUCCACAGGCAAAACAUCAAAGAGUAAACAAAUAUCACUGAUGCGGUAUGGGUUCGACAUGUUGCCAAGAAGUGACUUGGCAAUGAUUAAUUGUUGCUGGCACAGCAGACAAUUUUUCCGCAACAACGGUGGAGUUCAUUACAAUGUGUUGAUUACAAACUGGAUAUUAGAAGAAUGUUUUGGCCUUGUUGAUAAUUUUGACAAGGCAUAUCAUCAGGGACAUGAAGUUUUAAUGAACCUCAUAGAGCAUGACCUACUCAAAACUGAAAAAGAUAAUGAUAAUGUCGUCAUUAUAGAGGAAUUGGUACGCGACAUUCCUGAUACUCGAUAUACUGGUUUCGUUUGGAAGCCUACUUUAGGAUUGAGUGGGGUGUAUGAGGAUAAAAAGUGGCUAGGUCUUGACAGUGUUGGGCCUGCUGAUGGAAUGACCAGAACAAGUGAGAAGGACUGGAAAGAUGUUUCAGUACUGUUGGUUGAUGGAUAUCAUCUUUGCCAGGAGGUUAUCGAAACAUAUUUUACGACCCUGAAGAAUCUCCAAGUUCUUGCCAUUUUCAGACCCAGGAUCAAAGCACUGCCCGUCAGUUUAUCCAUGUUGGGAAACCUUCAUUUCCUUGUGCUUAAAGACUGUGAUCUGCUGGAGAAGAUUGAUGACCUUGUGAAUCUGAAGGCAUUAACAGUUCUAGAGAUAUCAAAUGCUAAAAACGUUAAGCAUAUCCCAGAGAACUUAUUUGAGUGUUUAUCUAAGCUCCGAAGCCUUAACUUAUCUAAAACUGGAAUUGAAAAACUUCCUUCUUCUCUGUCAAAGCUUGAUGAACUCCGAUCCAUCAACUUUCGGGGGUGUCACUGCCUAAAGGUCUUGCCAAUCUUAAAAGGACUCGUGAAGCUGCAGUUGCUUGAUGUUUCUGGUGCAACUUCACUGGAACGUCUUGGAGAUAAAAGCAUAAAUACCCUUCAAGAUCUUCAACAACUUGACCUUUCUCAAACUCAGAUUGUACAUGUUCCAUUUCUUAAGAAAAUGAAGCAGCUUUCUCGUUUAUCAUAUCGAGAUUGCAAAGAACUGAUUAGACUGCCAAACCUUCGAGGGUUGAGCGGGCUUCAAGUUCUUGAUCUCUCUGGCGCUCUAAAGCUAAAGGAAAUUCAGGAUGACACCUUUUCAGAAGAUAAUGACCUAAAAAUGCUUGAUCUCUCCAAAACUGCAGUCAGUUGUUUGCCUUGCACCAUCCGUUAUCUUUCAAAUCUUGAGCUGCUCAAUCUCUCUGAGAUGUCAAAAUUGGUUGAACUUGAAGAUGACACCUUCAAUAAUAUGGCAUGCCUUCGUCAUCUCAAUCUCUCAAAAUCUCUAGUUGAGAAACUACCUUCACUCAAUGGGCUUAUUAAUAUACAAGAACUUAAACUACAAGAAUGCAGCAAACUGCAGGAGUUACCAAGUCUCACUGCUCUGAAGAAAUUGGAAGUCCUUGAUUUAUCAGGUUGUGUUUCCUUUAAGGAAUUUAAAGAAGGCGAAUCCUUUAUCCACAUGACUUAUCUCCAGCGCCUCGACCUGUCAGAAACUAAAAUUAAAAAUUUGCCUGACCUAUCUGGUCUUCAUAACCUCUCUCAUCUUCUACUAAGGAAUUGCGUCAAUCUUACAAAACUUCCAUGUAUAAGCUCAUUUAAACUUAAAGAGCUCAAUGUCUGUGGUGCGGAAAAUUUGAGAGAUUGGGAAGCUGAAUUACCUGAUAAUAUGAAUCAGUUGGAAAUCCUCAACCUAUCAGAAACACAACUAAGAUCUGUACCCUUGAACAAUUAUACCAACCUUAGGGAGCUUUCUCUAAGAGGUUGUGAAUUGCAGACGACAGUACUAUUGGAUAAACUCACAAACCUUGAGGUCUUGGAUUUGUCGAGGACACUGAUCAAUUCUUUACAAAUACAAACAAUCACAAAUCUUACCAACCUUAGACAACUUCUACUAACAGAUUGUUCAGAACUACAAGAGAUUCCUACUCUAGAACCACUUGUGAAGUUAGAGGCUCUUCAUUUAAAGGGGACAAAAGUCAAGAAGUUCCCUUGUCAGAUGGCUAAGGUAACUCGACUAAUGCAUCUAGACUUGCCAGCCUCUGCAGACACUCUUGAACUCAAUUGGACAGGUAUAAAAUCACUUCCUGGAGAGCUAAACUGGGACCUAAUUGGUAUGCCGUCUGAACUUAAGAAUAUUACAACUAAGCCUUCCAUGAUUGUGAGAAAUAUGAAUUCUUUCGAAACUAUGAAGGCGAUACCUGACGUAUGGAACUCAUGCUUCAAUAAAUUUUUCAUCUCUGUAUGCCCUUUAAAAACAGGUGAGGAGGAUGAAGAAAUCUGUGUACAUGAAGAUGGGACUAGCUUUCAAGAUAUCUACUUUCAUUUCAUGUCUUAUCGACACGAGUAUUCCCCGUUUUUGGAAAUUCGCAGAUUUGAGAGCUUUCCAACUGGCCUUGAGGAUGCUCUUAUGAAAGUUGAAUAUGUUUCUUUAGUUGAAAAUGGGUUUAUUAGAAGCUUAUCUGAAUUGGGUAAUGCAAAUAAUUUAAAAGGCUGUUGGAUUUGGAGUUGUACCAACCUGGAGAGUCUAAUGAAGAAAGACAAGGAUAACGAUAAUCUCACUUUAUUGAACAAUCUAAAGAUCCUAUGGAUAUCCAACCUUCCUAUCUUGAAAAAUGUGCAUUCUACAGGCCUUCAAUUCGAGAGCAUCACAAACCUCACACAGCUGUAUAUAGAUUCUUGCCCACAGCUUGAGACUCUGUUUAAGUCCUCUCAUCUCUCAAAAAGCCUCGAGAUUCUCCACGUUAAGUUUUGUGAUAGAUUGAAGUUUAUAUGUGAAUCUAAAGAAGAGUGUAUUUUAGAGAAGUUGCACUCCUUGAAUCUGGUAGAGUUGCCUGAGUUGACAGACAUUGGCUUGAAACUUCCAUCCUUGAGAACAGCUAAUAUUAGGAACUGUCCUAAACUUGAAAGGGACCUGAUUUGUGAGCAAUGGGACGAAGUCAGAUAAAUUGAAAUGGGGAAGCAACAUCUGUCAGAUCAUGGUGAUGAUCAACUUUUAGCAUCAAAGAUACUGUGGAGGAACAUUUUGCUGCCACUGCAGGUGAGGUUUUUAGAGAUUACCAUCUUGAAGCAAAACUAUCUUGAGUUACUCGCCGUCUCCUUCUAAGUUGACGGUUUGAAUCGUUGGAGAUGGACGGUAAUUAGCUUCACUUUAUAGUGAUAAUAUUUUUUUUGGGGGGGGGUGAUAGAUGUAGAAGCAGCAAAUAGUUGAAAACAACGCUGGAUGUGUAUUCCCUACGACAAACACUUUCCUUCUUUAAUGUAAACUUCAGUUAUAUUAUAGUAAAUUUAAGUGGUAAAUCACACUUUUACUUACUCAA